AUGGUAAGUAUGAGUCUAUCACUACCUUACUCUAACUUUAGAUUUUUAAAUAAUAAUGAAAUAGAGGAGUUAAACGUUUUAUCCAUAGAUGAUAACGCAGAAAACGGAUAUAUUCUUGAAGUGAACUUGCUUUAUCCUGAACACUUGCAUCAUUAUCAUAAUGAUUUACCAUUCUGUCCUGAAAAAUUCAUUCCACCGGGCGACUAUCAAUUAGAUAUAAUUCCUGACACUAUUGUAACUACAUCGAGGGAAGGUGAUCACUCUUCAUUGAUAAUAUCAGAAGAAGUUAUAGACACAUCUAUGAUACAAAAAUCAGAAGAAUUGCUUGAAAACCAAACACGAGUAAUAUCGCCAGAAGAAGUGAGCACCGAGAUCGUACCUGAUGUAACGACUCAGGUUGUAACAGAUGGAUUGGAUGGAAGUGAUAAUGAACAAAAUUACAUUUAA